AUGCAUCCUCAACUCCCUCUACUUUAUGGCCAGCAAACGUGCACCGCCCCGCAAAGGACUCCGCGCACCAUCAGCACACGUCCGCUCCCCACCAGUCAUGAAGACUUCGCCCAGCAUCAGCAAGAAGAUCUCGCCCAUCAUCAUCAGGAUUUCGCCCAGCAUCAGCAUCAGUCCGCUCCCUACCAGCGCGAGCCAGCUUACCAGCAUGAAGAUCUCGCGCACUAUCAACAUCAGGACUUCACGCCUUCUCAGCAGGACUUUGCGCCUCCUCAGCAGGACUUUGCGCCUUCUCAGCAGGACUUUGCGCCUCCUCAGCAGGACUUUGCGCCUUCUCAGCAGGACUUUGCGCCUCCUCAGCAGGACUUUGCGCCUCCUCAGCAGGACUUUGCGCCUUCUCAGCAGGACUUUGCACCUCCUCAGCAGGACUUUGCACCUCCUCAGCAGGACUUCGUGUAUCCUCAGCAGGACUUCGUGUAUCCUCAGCAGGACUUCACGUAUCCUCAGCAGGACUUCACGUAUCCUCAGCAGGACUUCGCAUCUGGCGCUGGAUCCUCGACCGGAUAUGUUGCUCCGUCAUUAGUGCCCAGUUGGGUCGGCGAUGAUGAGGAAUUUCAGACUCAUUCAGUCCCACCACCGGAUCUCCACCACUUACGGCCAAUGUUGACGGGAGAGAUCCCUAACUCCCAUGUGAUACAUACUACAGGGCCUGCAAGGAUAUCAAAAGCACGUUGUCAUGCAACUCGAUGUUUGCCCCCCACACCAUGCCUUGUCAUUCCUGUUGUGACGCCCACAACGAUGACGGGGACUGUCGCACCUCCGGAAUCCAUCGAAGGUUCCGCCGUUGACAUUAGUCCCGAGACGCGCAAACAAGUGAUCUCGGCCUCGAAGGAACACGUAUUAUCCAUUGUCUUUUCUGACGAUGCACUGGUAUCUCUCACGGCUGACAAAAAGUGCAUCAUCAAAAAGGUCAUUUCCGAAGUAAGAUCUAGAAUACCAGCCCUUCUCGUUGCAACACAAUGGACGGCUAAUGAAAAGGACGUUGCGAACAUUUGGUGCGCAGUGACGAAAUUUUGCACUGCAUUCGCAACAAUCAUCCGACAAGCUGUUGUGAUGGGAUAUUCCCUCUUCCCACCACAGGGCUGUACUAUCCCCCCAGAUACUUUUCGUGUCGAUCGGAUAUGCUGCCUCAUCAUAGAUAACGACUUAGCGUUCAUGCAUCAAUACACUUUUGCAGACGGUGUGCUUGUCAUUCACUCGAAAUUCACCAACCCAUUCAUCCUUCACGUCCUAACGAAACUCAUUUGGUGUUCGCCCUUCCAGCUCCACACUUUUCUCGACAAAUGCCCACACCGUCAAAUAUGUUACGCUAUUGGCGCAGCUGGCGCCAUUACAGAGUCUGCAUUGAUGGAGCAGGGCUUGAUACAACUUACAAAGGGUAGGAUUACCCCCCAGAUGAUGCAUUCGACAUUCACGAAGAUUGUUCUGGGCCUGGAUCAGCUAAGUGAUGCUGAAAAGGUUAUUUUAGACGACUUCACAGACAGCAUCGUCAUUUGCGGGCACUCGCAACAGCAAGCCAACGAUGAACUAUCUGAUUUUGAUUUUGAAUAG